CGUUAAGAAAAAAUGAUGUUUGACUUGUCCCAAUAAAAUAUUGAAAGUUUUGACUUUAUUGACUCUGUCACACGUGUCAUGUUUUCCGAAAGUCUCCCUCUAGUCCGCGUCAAAAACGGAAGCCCGCCUGAGGAGCUUCUGGCCACCAAUGCUGGAGGUUUUGGCCGGUGGCAAGUCUGUGUGGUGUCUAUAACGCUCCUCUGUAUCUUAUUUCACGGCUUCGACGUGUAUACGUCCAAACUUGCGACCCCAAUUCCCCUAAAUUACACUUGUUCGGCGCCAAAUAGCAGUCGAUGUUUCUACGCUAAUGGUACCAAAUGUCGGGAAUUUACUUUUUCGAAAGAGUACCAAAUUUAUACAUAUGCCGAGAGAUUUAAUCUCGUUUGUGAGGACGAGAUUCUUGGCUCUUGGGUGAAAAACUGUUUUUGUGUGGGGGUUGCCAUUGGUUUUGUUUUGACCGGAUGGACGGCUGAUAGGUUCGGGCAGAAAAUAACAGCCAUGGUUUUUAUACCGUUGCAGUGCCUAUUAGGCGUUUUUCUAAUCAGUAUCACCAACUUUUCAAUGAUGUUGUUUUUUGUUGUCGUGCAAGGGAUCUGUUCCACUUGCACGGUGCUAACUCCACGAAUAGCUGUGUGUGAAGCGGUGGGUAAUAAAUGGCGCACUUUCAUGCUGGCUUUCGUAAUGUUGCCGUUACCGAUCGGUUUAAUAAUUUCUCCCUACUUGUUUAUUAUCUUGAUUGAUAUUAACAAAGUUGUGGCGGUCGUUUCCGUACUGCCGUUAUUACUUUUAGUACCAAUACUAUACUUUAAGGAUUCCCCAAAUAAGAUUCUCGUGACUUAUGAUUUUAAAAGGGUGGAGGAAUCGGUUCGGAAAAUCGCCGAAUUUAACAAGCAGCCUUUGCCGAACGAGAUCAGAAUACGUCCGGUGCAGUUAAUUGAAAAUGCCCCACCUAGACCCUACUUAUGUCCGGGCAUAUGGCAACAUCCCGAAACACGCAGUGUGUUCUUGGCAAUGACUAUACACUUAUUUUUUAUCGGAUUUACGAUGGACUUACUACUUGUUAACAUUUACCGAAAUUAUGCCUACAUUUACACUUACGGCAUUUCCGCAAUAAUUGGGAUUCUCAGUGCGAUACUUAUGGCACAUUUUAUAAGACACAGCAGACUCAUUGCGAUUUUUUGCGUUUUGAAGGAUGCCUGUGUUUGUAUAAUUUUUUUAAGCGACGACUUUCACUACAUUGCUUUGGGCGAAAAUACCAUAUUUGCCAUGAAAUUAGUGGGGACGUUUCUACACUUUGUGGCGUUUAUAGUUUCAGAUAAUAUAACAACGCGCGUGUUUCCGACCGAUUUCCGAGCUCAAGGAGCUGGAGUUGCCCAUGGUUUAUUUUUUCUGGGCAAUUUUUUCGGUUCUGUUAUGCUUACUUAUGCAAAAGGAAACGUUUUUAUUUGGCCGUACGUAGCUAUCAUAGGAUUUGUGGCACCAGUGGUUGAAGUUGUUUGCUCGUUUUGGUUGUGGGAUGUACAUAACCGGGAACUCCCCGACUUUUUUGAAGACGCAGUCAACUUUCAGCAGUUCUAUAAACCAGUGAGGUAUGUGGGUAUUGAUAACAAAUUUGCCACGCUACGCGAGAAAGAAGUAAGGUCUAUUGAACUAAAUGAACUCUCGGGCGUUAUCCCAUCAAUUAGUUUUGUAAAAUAGGGGCUAAUAAAACUUUAGUGUUA